AUGAGGGUGUCACAAUUCACAUAUAUUGGUUGCUGUUGUCUUUCUCAGCAUGGCAUCGUGCCCAUUGUGGAGCCUGAGAUCCUGCCUGAUGGUGACCAUGAUCUGAAGAGGUGCCAGUAUGUGACGGAGAAGGUCCUGGCAGCUGUGUACAAGGCUCUGUCAGACCACCACGUGUACCUGGAAGGAACCCUUCUAAAACCCAACAUGGUGACCGCCGGUCACUCUUGCUCCCACAAGUACGCCCCUCAAGAAAUUGCCAUGGCAACUGUCACCGCCCUGCGUCGCACUGUUCCCCCUGCCGUUCCCGGCAUUACCUUCCUGUCCGGAGGCCAGAGUGAGGAGGAGGCCUCAAUCAAUCUGAGCGCCAUUAACCAGUGUCCCCUAAGCAAACCCUGGGCCCUCACCUUCUCUUACGGUCGUGCCCUGCAAGCCUCCGCACUGAAAGCCUGGGGGGGCAAGAAGGAGAAUGGCAAGGCCUGCCAGGAGGAAUUUGUCAAGAGAGCCAUAAACAACAGCGCAGCAGCCGCUGGUAAAUAUGUCUCCAAAGGAGACACCGCAGCAGCAGCGGGAGAGUCUCUGUUUGUGGCCAACCAUGCUUAUUGAAGAAACACAAGUGACCAUACUUCCGCUGACUCAUCCGGCUGUUCACUCAUGUACACAGUGUGACACAUCAUGUCUGUGAUCUAGACUCACUGUUACUCCUGUAGUCAUUUUUUCACUGUCAUUUGACGAUGUCAAAGAAAAUAAGUAUCAUUGGAACUGACCAGUCGGAUAAAAUUAUCCAGUCUGCGCCUGUUUCAUGCUGUCAUUCUACUGAUCUGUUCUAUUUUUGCAUCUGUUUUCUUUUUCACUAGAUGUUUUGCAAAGGAAUAAAGAACCAAUGAACCAAACCCCUGAUUGAUUUUAAAUUUA